UCGCCAAUGUUUAUGAUUCUAUUUUUAUAUAUUUGUCAUCAUCAUUAUCUUUCGUUAUCGUAUCAUCAUAAAUAUAUUCUUUAUAUUUAUACAAAAAGAAACGGAUUUUCUGUUCCUUUUUUUCACAUACGCACACAUUACUGAAAUACACGUCAUCAUCAUCAUCUUAAAGCCACAUAAGAAUAAUACAGAUAUUUUUAUUGCCAUUAAAAACAAAUCUUCCUUGAUAUUAUUUCAUCUCUUUAUUAUUAUCCAUCAAGAAAAAAAAACCAAAGAUAAAGAUGUCUUCUGAAGCAUUCGUAACGUUAGCUACAAACGAUAAUUAUGCUAUCGGUGCAAUGGUAUUGGCAUCAUCAUUACGACAAGUUGGAACACAAAAACAUUUGUUCAUAUUGAUUACCAAUGGUGUUUCCGAUAAUAUAAGGGAGGUAUUGGCUAAAUUCUUCGAUACCAUACAAUUGGUAGAUCUAUUACAUAGUCCUGAUCCGAAAAUUCUUCAAGCAUUAAAACGACCUGAAUUGGCUGUAACAUUAACAAAAUUACAUUGUUGGAAAUUAACACAAUUCACUAAAUGUGUAUUUAUGGAUUCCGAUACAUUGGUUAUCAAAAAUAUUGAUGAACUAUUUGAACGUGAUGAGCUAUCUGCUGUACCGGAUGUUGGUUGGCCUGAUUGCUUUAAUAGUGGUGUUUUUGUUUAUCAACCUUCCGAUGUAACAUUUAAUCAAUUGAUUGAAAUGGCCGCACGUGAUGGUAGUUUUGAUGGCGGUGAUCAAGGUCUAUUGAAUCAAUAUUUUUCCGAUUGGUCAACAAAAGAUAUUGGCCGUCAUCUUUCCUUUAUUUAUAAUAUGACACUUGCAUCCACUUAUUCAUAUUUACCAGCAUAUAAAAGAUUCGGCCAAAAUGUUAAAGUUAUUCAUUUUCUUGGAGCUUUAAAACCAUGGUAUUGUUCAUAUAAUGCUUCGAUGGGUAAAUUGAAUACAUUCAUCGGUAAUGAUCAAGCACGUGAUUUCAUUGAAAAAUGGUGGCAAAUGAUGGUUGCCAAUGUUCAUUCGGCCAUCGAACAGUUAAAUCUGGUUGGAUCAAUGUCCAAUAUGGUAAUUGAUAAUCCUGCUGCUAUACAACAGCCAUCAUCAAGUAAUGAAGAUCGAUAUCAAGCAUGGCAACAAGGACAAAUGGAUUAUCUUGGCGCUGAUAGCUUUGAAAACAUACAAAAACGUUUGGAUCAAUCCAUUCAUGAAUCCACCGAAAAACAUUGGCUUUUUGAAUCAGCCAUGGAUUCUUCACUAUCAACCAUUUUUGAUUAUAAUGAUGAUGACAAUCAAGAUAAUCACCAUUUUCAUCAUCAUCAUAAUCAUCACUCUACAAAUCAUCAAAAAUCAUUGCUACGAAGACAAAAUUCGAAUCGUUUACGGCGAACAGCAACGACAACAACGACAGCAAAACGAUCAAUAAUAAAAAUGGAUAAAUCAAUUUCAACAUCAAAAUCUCAUCAUAAUCUUUUACCAAUUGAUAAUGAUUCGAUUUUACCACCUGAACAGGAACAGGGAAAUGUUGAAUAUAAACUUAAACUGAUUAAUCCAUCACCAAAUCGUUUAGAACAUCUUGUUACUCAGAUGAAAUGGCGUCUUGAAGAAGGAGAUGGAGAAGCAAUCUAUGAGAUUGGUGUUGAAGAUAAUGGUGGCCUUAAAGGAUUGACCGAAGAUGAAAUCUCAUCAUCAUUGCAAACACUUCAUAUGAUGGCCGAUAAAAUAAAUGCAUCCGUAUCGAUAACACAGGAAAAAUUGAUUGAAUCAACAAGAAAUGAUAAUAAUCCACGAAAAGCAUUAGAAGUAUUGGUUAAAAAAAUACCCGCUGAUCGACAAGCGGUUGAAAUACGGAUUUCUGUUUUGGGCAAUGUUGAAGCGGGAAAAAGUUCAUUACUUGGUGUACUAACACAAGGUGAACUUGAUAAUGGAAAAGGUCGAGCACGACUAAAUCUUUUCCGUCAUCGACACGAAAUUCGUUCAGGUCGUACAUCAAGUAUUAAUAAAGAAAUUCUUGGUUUCGAUAAUCGUGGAAAACCGAUCAAAUAUUGUGAUUAUCAAACUUCUGAAGAAAUUUGUCAGCUAUCAUCGAAAAUUAUCGUGUUUAUCGAUUCGGGUGGCCAUCGAAAAUAUCUUAAGACAACCGUAUUCAGUUUAACUGCAACACAUGCUGAUUAUGCCAUCCUAGUGAUCAAUGCAUUGAGUCCAUUAGAUUGUGGUACAAAUCUUUUACAUUUAAGUUUAGCCAUUGCUCUUGAAGUUCCCAUCAUGGUCGUAAUCAAUAAGAUUGAUCUAUGUGAUGAUCAAAUGAUUGAUCGUAUAUUGAACAAUGUACGAACAUUGAUUGCAUCACCGUUUUGUAAGAAUAAAAUACCGAUAACCAUUCAAAAUGGUAACGAUAUAAUAGCCUAUAGUAAUAAUAAUAAUCGUAAAAACAUGGUGCCUAUAUUCCUGAUCUCAUGUGUUAAUGGUGAUGGGCUGGAAUUACUUUAUGAUUUUCUACAUUUACUCGAACCAUCAAUGGAUUCAUUCAAUCGAGAUAAACUAAUCAAACAAAAUUGUACAUUUCAGAUUGAUCAAACAUUUAAUAUACCAAAUCUGGGUGUCGUUGCCAGUGGUUUUCUUCGUUCAGGCCUUAUUGAAGAAGGUUCAGUACUGAAAGUGGGACCAUUGGAUGAUGGACAUUUUGUCGAUGUAUUUGUUACGAGUGUUCAACGACAUAAAGUAAAUCGACGUAUAGUUCGACCUGGUGAAAGUUCAACAUUAGCAUUGAAUCUUUUUACGAAUUCUACAAUAUCCGUCAAUAAUGGUCACAAUGAUGAUGAUGAUGAUGAUGUAACCGACGAUAACAACAAUAAUUCAACAAUCCCAUUGUCAAAAUUAUCCGUAAAGGAAUGGUAUUGUUAAGCAAUGUUGAUCCAGAUUCAAUUUGUCAAUAUUUUCAAGCUCAAAUCUACUCAAUGCCACAUUCAUCUGCUGUCAUAUCGUUAGGAUCGUCAGCC